CGUCCAGUUAGUGUGGCAACUUCGCUCGCCUCACGCUGCGGCACCAGAGCAAAUAAUACCUUUCUCUCCCUCUGUCAUUUCCACCCUUUUUUUUUAUUUAAUGAUCACUGGCAUUACCCUUUCUCAUUACUCCCUGGAUUAUUUGAGAUGGCGGUCGACAUAUUACAUACGAGGAACUUCUUCCUGAGGUGUAUGUGUGGGAUUUAUAUGUUUGCAUUUGGAUCUCUUUACCUUCAAAUACCAGGUCUAUAUGGCGAGAAGGGGGUUCUACCAGCUCACACACAGCUUCCAAAUCUGAAGUAUCCUAAGCAAUGUUUUAUGGACAAGUUAACCUUUUUGUGCUUUUCAUCCUACUUUGGCCUUAAUGUGUCAUAUAUGAUGGAGUUUAUUUCACUGGCAGGGACAGUCCUUAGUUUCAUUGGAAUGGUUUGGAAAUCAUGGUGUACGGCAACCCUUUUCCUGUUGCUUUGGAGUUCAUACCUGUCUAUGUAUCAGGUUGGACAGACUUUCUUGUGGUUUCAAUGGGAUAUUCUCCUUUUGGAAGUUGGCUUCCUUACCAUACUUGUGGCACCAGUAAGUCGUCGAGGCUGGUUUGAGUAUCGGCCUAGAAACCUAGUCACCAUGUGGCUUAUACGCUGGGUACUCUUCAGACUCAUGUUUGCCUCAGGUGUCGUCAAACUCCAGAGUGGCUGCCCUACAUGGUGGGGAUUAACAGCUUUGAAUGUUCAUUAUGAAUCUCAGUGCAUUCCUACCACACUGGCCUGGUACUUCCACCAGCUGCCAGGUUGGUGGCACAAACUGUGUGUGGUUGCCACGUUUGUUAUUGAAAUACCAGUGCCAUUCAUGUUCUUCAGUCCAGUACGAUCACAUCGAAUAUUCAGUUGCUAUGCACAAAUGCUGCUUCAAAUAAUGAUUAUCCUCACUGGAAACUACAACUUCUUCAACUUGCUGACUGUUACACUGUGUCUUUCCCUCAUGGAUGAUGUACACCUUGGAUACCAAUUUGUAAAAGACUUGUCGUUUGGAUUCAUCUCUUACGUGAAAAAUACCUGUAGCUGGUUUGGGAAAUGGGUCGGAUUUGGAGUCUUGAUUUACUACACCAUGGCUUACUUCUCUUUGCGUGUCACACCAGAAGGAACCAUCGAGUCUGUUGUUGCUUUCACACGAGAAGAAUUUGAUGCUUGGAUGUCAAGAGCCGUUCCCCUGAGUAUUGCCAUCGGUGCGUUCUCACUUGUAAUUACAAUAGCAGAAGCACUGACUUCAGCAUUGUUUGAAGUUCGGGGCUUUCUUGAUAAAUUUGGCGUUUUCAGCACCACUUUUAUUUAUUCAGUCGCAGCAAUCUGCAUGUUUGGGAUAAGUCUGGUUCCAUAUACUGUGUUGGACAGACCAACCAGUCAACGAGUGUGGCCAGUUUUUCAGCAUUUGUAUGGGCAUACUUCAGACUUCCACCUAACAUCUGCUUAUGGAUUGUUCCGCCGAAUGACUGGUGUGGAAGGCAGGCCAGAAGUCAUACUUGAAGGUUCCAAUAGUUUGGAUGGUCCGUGGAUUGAAUAUGAAUUCCCUUACAAACCAGGACAUGUGGAGAGACCACCUCCUGUUGUUGCUCCUCAUCAGCCACGUGUUGACUGGCAGCUUUGGUUUGCUGCUCUGGGUACCUAUAACCAGAACCCUUGGCUGAUUUCCCUUGCUCACCGCCUCUUAUCUGGCCAGGCAGAAGUCAUUGCAUUACUGGAUGCAUCAUCUCCAUGGAGAGAUAAUGCACCUAAGUAUAUCAGAGCUUCUAAGUAUACAUACCAGUACACCAGUAUAAAAGAAGGGGCAUCUGGUAGUUGGUGGAAAAGAACUUAUGAAGAUGACUAUCUUCCAAUCUUCACAGUUGACCAUGCACCAUUAGUUGAGUACCUGAGGAAAAUAGGUACAAUUGGUACAAUGGACAUUCCAGCUACCAACCAACCUUUACAACAUGGAUUAGACGCAAUCCGGGGUUGGAUUAAUAUUGCUAGUCCUGAAGUACUCCUGUUUAGCUUGUUCAUAACUGCAUGUGUGAUUACAUGGACCAAAAGGGGAGUUAAACCCUCCAUGUCAUACCGGUCAGCUAAGCAUGCGGGAGGAAGGCUCUGAUGGUAGGUGGAAUUUAUUUGGAUUUUUAAGAGUAAGAGGUUGAAAGAGGGACAAAAAGCACAAAGAUCUUUUUGUUAAUCUUUGUAGUUAAAUAAUACCUGUUGUGAUAUUAUUUAUGUUUGAUAGAUUAUGAAUUUUUGUUUUCUUUUUGUAUGUACUGAACAGUUUCUGAGAAAUAAAUGAACAAUCAAAAAAAGGGGGGGGAGAAAAAUGGUUUAUAUUUCUUAAUGCUCAUAAUUUGUUUUUACGUAAAUUAAAGCAGUUAUUCAUUUUUAUUUAUAACAAUUUUUCCAAGCAAUGAUGAAUUGGGCAAAUACUGAAUUCUUGAGUAUUUUGCUGUAAAGAAUACUGGGAAGUUAUAUACAUUCUGAGGUACAUUUUUGCAGAUUGGGAUUUUCUUCCUUAUGUAGAGGAUAAAAAAAAAAUAAUCAGAAACACAAUGAAAAUGUUUCAAUGGGAAUGAAUUGUUGAGACUUAACAUAUAUCCAAAGUACUGUACUGUUAGCAAAAGAUGUAAAACUCUUGUUUCAUAAAAGAUAUUACUGAAGAAUUUUAUUAAUGGGAAUAAUUUAAAUAGUAUAUUGUUCAUUUGGAAUCAUUCUUGAUAGAAAUGGGUAAGUUUUAUUCAAUGUUAUUCCAAAGAUUUAAAAGCCUAGAGAGGAGUGGUUACAAAUGAUUGUACCAUUAGGAAAUCCGCGUCUGUGAUUAACAUUUCACAAAGAAAAUUAUAAGAGAAAAUGUUCAUGGUACUUUAAUGUGUGAGAAAUUUAAACAUAGUUAUUGUCAAGUACCACGAAUUUUGUCAGUGAUUGGCACUGUUGUGUAUGAAGGAUUUUUAUUAAGAUUGAAUGUUAUUUUUUAUAGAUAAAACACUUUUAUCUACAGUCGUAUAGCUAUGUUGCAAACAAUACAGUACUUGUUUUCUAUCUCAAUGAAGCCCAGUUUUAAACAGAGAUCAAGAGUUCAUGAGUGAUAUGUGUAAUCACUCUUUUCAUAAAUAUGUUGUGUGCUUUGUAACAAUGGCCUAUAACGGGUCACCCUUGUACGAAUUCUGUCCAAGGCGUAAAAUUUGCACAGCCGAGUAAAGAAGACAUGUACUAUGUUAAAAUGACUUUUUUUUUUCUUUUACAUAGCUCAUAUCUAAGUAUUAUAGCACAUAGAAAAAAAACAGUACAAGGGAAGUUUAAAAUGGUAUGGCCCUUAAUUUUUGCUUUCAUAAUUAUAUUACAUGUAAUUGUUAUAUUGUUUGUUAACAAUUUCUUUCUGCUUUUGCUUAUGGUGAAGCUUGGUACAAAUUUAGCUUUAUAUAGGUAAUUAGUUUCCAUACUUUUAUUAGUAUAAUAUCUUUUCCUCAGUACAUUCAUUUCAGUUUUCAUUACUUUAUCUUCAGCUGAAUGCCAGCUUUUUAUCAAAAUUAUAUUCAUUACCUUUACGUGCAAUUCAGAUCCUGCUUGGGAUCAGACAGUGCUACGAAAUGAUCUCUAGUAAGAUUUUGGUCACCCCCAUAAUUUCUCUGUUGAGGAUUUGGGGCAUUUGGAGAGCUUUUUGUUAUGGGACAGUGAGGCAAGAUAUAUUUAUAUAUCUGUAUUUUGUUUGAUCUUAGUCUGGUAAAAGUCAUGUCACCACAUCAAAGAAUCUGCAGCAUAUAAAUGCUAAGCCAUUUGUAAACAUGGUUUGCUUAUUAUCUAUUAAAUAUCAGGGCUACUUAUAAUGACUCUGUCAGGGAAUACUUAAGGGGGUAAAAUCCCAGAUGUGACAUUAGUAAAAUAAAUGGCCAGAAGUGUUUACUUUACUUAAAAUCAGUGAUUUUAUGUAGUAUUUUUUAUCUCUUGCAUUAACUAUAAGUAAAUACCACAUGAAGAGUGCUGAAAUAUUUAUUUGUGAGUGAAAUUUAUGUACUACAGUUGUAUUUCAUUAUUUUCUUCAGCUUCAGAUACAGGCACAGAUUAUAAGAGAUGAUUAUACAAUAGUAUGUUAUUGCUAUAAAGUCUUCAUUUUUGUUACAUUAUAACAGUUAUACCACUCAUACUUUUUGGUUGUUGUGAAACUAUAGGAAGAUGGGUGUUUGUCAUCUGAUAGGUAAAAGGAAUUACACAAUAAGGGAGUUUGGAUUCUGCCCUAAAGAUGAAGAUGAUUUUAUUGAGACUUUAACUCUAAAUAAUUUUGUAUCAUUGUGGUUACAAAUUACCAUUCUCUGACAGUGAUUUUCUUGGAAAGUCUUUGUAGAUAUGCUGUUAUUGAUGACAACACAUAGGGGAGUUUGGAACAACUGUUCUUAGUCCAGUAAACAAACAAAAAAAAGGAUAAACAAUCAAAAUGACAUCAUAUGCAAAUUUCUGUACUAGUUGAAAUUGGCCAGAUUUUAGUUAGUUAGUUGCUAGUAUGAAUUAUAUUUUUUAGGUCAUUCAGUCAAUGUAAUACUCGCACACAAGUGACUUACCACUGAUUACAUGUUUUAGUGAUAUACAUAAAAUUAACUGCCAGUUGUACUCAUUUUUGUUAGCAUAGUUCACUGCUUUUGGAACUUCUGUAAUAGGUUUAGAUGCAUUUAUAACAAACUGUAUGAUGAUUUGUGCUUUCGCAUUACCGGUAUUGAUUUUUCUUGGUAUACAUCCUGGUGGAGUGUUAUUUAUUAUUUUUGAUAUACAGUUUCCUAAUAGAUGCCAUUAUGUUGAAGCGAGUUAAUAAUGGACAAGUGCUACAAGAAUUCAUGGUCAUAUAUCUUUUAAAGUAUUAGGUACCAUUUAUUAUUUGUGGUAUAGUCGUAAAGAAAGGGUUGGAGAAAAUUAAAGGAAUAUCAUGAUAUUGUUUGAUGGCUGAUAUACAUUGUAUUUUAUUGCUGCACUUUAUGAAAUGGAAAACUGCUAAAUUAGUGACUACAUAACAGCAGCUAGGUUGUCAUAUAUCAGCCUGAAUAUUGUACCUCACAUAACUAUAGACAUAUCAGCAUUUAAAUUUUUGCUUUGUGUAACAAAAGAGGGAAAACAUUGCUAGUUUCUAUACUGCCAGUCAUCUAAUUUGAAAAUGUUAAAAAGAUGAUUCAUUUCUAAAAUGAUAUUAAGCAGAGUGGUGGACUUGCAAAGUAAAGUUGGAAAAAUAGUGUGUAAUGAGCAAUAUUGGUAUAGGAACCAUUAAUAGUUUGAAGAGGUUUUAUUACAGUAUUGGGUAUCAUGAUCAGAAAAUUGUAGUUUAAUUACUAAGAAAUGAGUGCAUUUGUGGGGACUUUAUUCUAUCCAUGUGUAUAACUAGGAUUCAUUAAAUGUUCAUAUGUGAGACCUAUAGUGAAUGUACAGCUUUGGAAAGUGUGAAGAAAAAUUAAUGAAAGGAAGUCCUAUAUAUAUACCCAUGAUGGUAAGGCCCUUAAAUAUCAUGCAAUUAGAAUUUAGAGAAAGAAGUGCAAUUUUUAGAUUUGGAGAUGUGAUCCAGAAAAGUCCAAGAUAUUCAUGUGAUGAAAAAUGUUUUGUUGAAUUUUACAUUUUAACAGUAAAGAAGAGUAGGUGUCCCCCUUUUUUAUACAUAUAUAUAAAAAUACUAAAAUUGAGAGAUUCAAAUAAACUUGUAUGUACAGAAAUUAAAGAUACCAAUCACAAAGUGAGCAUAUACUGGAUAACAAACCUAACAAAUGGGAUUUAUCAUUAAAUCAAAGUAUGGAUUUUGUAGAGGUAUUUGAGUAACAGACAUUAUUAAGAAAGAUAACAGAAAACAAUAUUGAUAAAUAUCUGAAAAUAUCUUUCUCAUUUACAAGUGUUCUGUUCAUUUUGAGAAAGGAGGAUAUACUAUAUAUGGAGUUGGUUUUAUAAUUGAUAGUAGUGAAUUAGUAAAAAGCAGUGAGUUAUUAAGAAUUUCUUAUGAUAUUGUGAAGAGAUGAAGAUACUAAUAUAUACUUAAAAUCACAAGCAAUUUUGUGUUGUGAGAAAAUGUAAGUUUACAUGACAGCUUUUGUAUGUAAGAUGGAUAGUCUUUAGUUGGGGUUAGCUUUGCAUGCCUGCCUUUGAAAGGUGAUCUCUUACCAAUAUAUCCUUGGAAUAUACUUCAUAUUUUAUUAUGGCUUGUCGUUUCAAAUUGCAUACUUGAAAAUAGCUCAGUUUUGAAAUUGCACUUUUUGUGUCAGAUGUUAUAGUGGUUGAUAUUGAAAUAGAAAACUGCUAAUGUAGUUUUCUCAAGUAGAUUCUGCACUAUCUGAUCUCAUUGGUCAAUAGCUUGUCCUUUAGCACAGGAGUUAAGCUUAAUCAUACACAAAAAAUUAUGUGUAGGUGAAUAGUCUAUUUUUGCUGUCAGAACUUAAAUGCCAGUGACAAGAUAUCAGUAUUUAGUAUAUGACGUUGUAGUGUUCACAUUUGAUAUUGAAUUGUUUGAUUCCAUGGAAGUUUGAGAUUUGUGGUAACUAGUGAAAAAUGAAGAUGAUUUUCUUCAUAUUUUAUAUAUAGUGCAUUUAGAAUAUAGAGCACUAGAUAAGAAGAACUGUGCUUAGAGAACAGACAACCCAAUUUUGUUUAGAAUUUGAGAUGAAUUUUGAUGUUUUUGUGUAGCAAAGGUUUCCAUGUCUUCCUAAAGCUUAUGUAACUUGUGCUGCAGUGUUUUCCCUCUAAUGUUGCAUAGCAUAUUAUCAUCAUGCAUUUUUAUUCAUAGUUUUAUGCAUUGGUUAGUUAAUCACUUUGUUUUCCAGAAGAUUAUUUAGAAGUAUAAAUGAAUAAUAUUUUCAGGCAACUUGUUGAUAUGUAGGUAGAUAUUCAAGAAUUAACUUUUUCCUUAUAUUUCUAUAUUGUUUUACUAUCUUUAUUUAAAGUAAGACAACAUUUUGGUGCUUAGUUGGAUGUGAUAACUUUUUUUAUUCUUCUUGUUUACUAGACUGAUUAGGAGAGGCAUGUACAUGUUAACCAAAAUAGUGUGAUUUUUAUUAGCUUUUUUAUGAAGGAAUUACAUUGAGCAUAUUACAAGUUAAUGUUUGUUUAAUAGCUCCCGUUGAGUUUCAUAAAGAAAAAAAAAGCCAUUGGAUGGAAAGACGUCUGGGUCAGAAUAUUUCUCUAUUUUUUCUCUGUUUAUAAGUUUUCUUUCAUUUAUUUAUACACCGCUAAUGACCUUAGCUGUUUAUGUGGCAAAUAAUAAUAAUAAUAAUAAAGUAAUUUAUUUAUAGUUUGCCACUGAAUCUAUUAGCAUAUUUGACCUUACCAUUAAUAAAAGCACUGCAAGAUGCCAAUAUUUAAAGUACCCAGUGGAUGGUGAAAAAGUAUGUAUAAUACUAUUUAGUAUAAUACCCUGAUGAAAAACAUAUCCAUUCUCUUUCAUUCAAUAGAGAAGACCAAAAAGCAAAAUGCCUAGACAAGCUUUAAAAUUUUAUAAAUUUUUUACUUCAUAGGAUUCAUAUGCUAAAGAACCAUAGACCAAAGAUAUAUUUUCAUACAAUGCCUCCCAUUAAAGGCUGGUAAUAAUAACUGAUUAACACUUUCUUCCUCUUUUACUCUUUUCUUAAAUGGAACACUGAAAGACAGGAUACAAAAAGUUGUUCAGAAAGUCCAAUUUUCUUUUAGUGUCUUUUAGCUCAUGUAUGUUUGAGAGGUGAAUUAAUUACAGUUAUCAAACAACAUGAUGUAUUACAAGGUUAUUGUCACCAGUUUAUAUAUCUAUUCUUUUGCAUAGUAAUUUAUUAAAAGUAGAUACAACCUCCUUUACUGAACAACUUACCAUCAGCCAUACGGCAAUUUUAGUUAGAAUAACGUUCUCUUCACCAGUCAUGACAUUUUAAGAUUAUGUUCUUCCUUCCACUGUUGUUUUCUUAACCCAUUGCCGCCGGGGAAAAUGAACAAAAAAUGGGGGAAAUGCAGUACUCAUUUUUUAUAUUUUUGUGAAAUAUCUCUGUCCAUAGAUGGCUCUGCUAGUCCUGAUUUCACCUUUCCUUGAAUUGGCGGGAAAAAACGUAUUUUUACUAAUGCUAUAAAUAUAGAUGGUGUUAUUUUUAACAGCAAAUUAGGAUAACGUUAAAUAUUUUCGUAAAUCGAUGAAAAGGGUGGACGGGCGAGACAGGCAGUACUGUAAUUGGCUCAUUGGAUACUUAGUACAAUUGUAGCCAUCUAUGUGUAAAAACAAUUAAACAAGUUGACUCACAGCGGGCAUGGCAUGUACGUACAUGCCAUCCCCUGCGGCAAUGGGUUGAGAAUGUUAUUUUCUAUGCAUGGUGUACUGUGUUUACAUCAUUCUUUUACUGUUAUGAAAACAAUGAGCUUAUUUGUUAAUAUUUUGUUUGUUACCAUGUUAAGAAUAAUUAACGUUUUGUUUAGGAGCAUUAAUAAAUUGUAAAGAAGGAAAUACUGAUGUGUUAAUCCUGUAUUUCAUUUAAGUUUAGAAAUACAAAAUGGAUGUACUUCAGUAUUAGUGUUUGGGCAUAAAUUGGUGGCAGUGAAGAAUUUAUUUAGGUUUUCCUUUUGAUUUAUUUAAUAUUUUCUUCCACAGCUUGUCAUCUUCAGUGGAAAGAUUUGAUGAAUCAUUAUAUUAAAAUGCUGGUUUGCCUAAUGAGAAUUCUAGAAAUGUCUUUCCUUGUUUUAAAAUUAUUGCAAACAAUUUAGAAGUUAACUACAUUUUACUUCUUUGUUGAAAUUAUUUCAGAUUUGCAUUUCUGUUACUUCAUAACUAAAAGUAUUUUCCGAGAGUACAAGCUAAAAAGAAUUGAUUAACUUUUAGAUUCUGCUUUAUAAUGAGACUGACUUAGAUAUAAGUUUUCUUUUUUGCAGGAAGUUGUCUUUUUUCCUAAGCAACAGAAAAGAGAAAUCGUAAUAACCUGAUAGGUAUGCUUGAGUGUGUGUGCGGUGCUGCAUUUCAGUAUAUGGUAAUAAAACUUUAGAUAAAAA